AUCGAGUAUAAGCGCCUAGAAAAACCCACGCAAAUGCAAACCCGCUCAUCAUCGUCUCUCUCCCAAAGGACCAGAGGUUGGGGACUUGGGAGUGGAGACCGGCCAUCUCCGGCGAGCCGAUCGCCGUGCGACACGUUAGCCACCGCCGCCGUCCCUACCACCGGAGGCGUCCGCUGCGCGUGUGGCCGUAGCGAAAUUCUAAUCCCCUGUGCGAUAGUUUCUCAUCUCCUCCCUGAGAUACCCUCCUCCGCCACUUCGACGUCCCAUCCAUCUCUCUCUAUUUCCUUUUCUCCCGCUGCUCCCCACCUCUCUCUCUCCUCCUCCUCUUCUUCUUCAUCCAACCCCCCAUGGCGACCACCACCUGGUGCUGUGGUUGCUGCUGCUCCUGCCUCGCCACCGCUCGAAGCCGGUGAGUGAGUCGUCGUCAGUCGAGGCGCCAACGAUCGAGCUGAGCUAUAGCCAGGGUGAAGCAGAAGGCGAGGAGAGUUGGUGGUGAGUUGAACUCGAUCGAAGUCGGAAGAGCGAGAGAGGGUGGAAGUGUUUGGUUGGGUUGCCGGUGUGGUGAGGAUUGGAGAUGUUGUUGGAUCUCAAUGUGGAGUCGCCGGAACGGUCCGGCACGUCGAGCUCCUCGGUGCUAAACUCCGGGGACGCCGGAGGCGGCGGUGGCGGUGGCGGUGGCGGAGGAUUAUUCCGGUUCGACCUCCUCGCGAGCAGCCCCGACGACGACGAGUGCUCCGGGGAGCAGCAUCAGUUGCCGGCCGCCUCGGGGAUCGUGACGCGUCAGCUCCUCCCGCCUCCGCCUCCCGCGGCGCCGUCGCCGGCGCCGGCGUGGCAGCCGCCGCGCCGCGCGGCGGAGGAUGCCGCCCUCGCGCAGCGGCCGGUGGUCGCGAAGAAGACGCGGCGCGGGCCGAGGUCGCGGAGCUCGCAGUACAGGGGCGUCACCUUCUACAGGAGGACCGGCCGCUGGGAGUCGCACAUAUGGGAUUGCGGGAAGCAAGUCUACCUAGGUGGUUUCGACACGGCGCACGCGGCAGCAAGGGCUUACGAUCGCGCUGCGAUCAAGUUCCGGGGACUGGAGGCUGACAUCAACUUCAACCUGAGCGACUACGAGGACGAUCUGAAGCAGAUGAGGAACUGGACCAAGGAGGAGUUCGUGCACAUACUCCGGCGACAGAGCACGGGAUUCGCGAGGGGGAGCUCCAAGUUCCGCGGCGUCACGCUGCACAAGUGCGGCCGCUGGGAGGCACGCAUGGGCCAACUUCUUGGCAAGAAGUACAUAUACCUUGGGCUCUUUGACACCGAAGUUGAAGCUGCAAGAGCAUAUGACAGGGCAGCUAUUCGCUUCAAUGGGAGGGAAGCUGUUACCAACUUCGAGCCUGCAUCCUACAAUGUGGAUGCUUUACCAGACGCCGGAAAUGAGGCAAUUGUUGAUGGCGAUCUUGAUUUGGAUUUGCGGAUUUCGCAACCUAAUGCGCGUGACUCCAAAAGCGAUGUCGCCACAACUGGCCUCCAGUUAACUUGUGAUUCCCCUGAAUCUUCAAAUAUUACAGUCCACCAGCCAAUGGGCUCGUCUCCCCAAUGGACUGUGCAUCACCAAAGCACACCACUGCCCCCUCAGCAUCAACGUUUGUACCCAUCUCAUUGUCUUGGCUUCCUCCCGAACCUACAGGAGAGGCCAAUGGACAGAAGGCCUGAGCUGGGUCCCAUGCCGUUCCCAACACAGGCUUGGCAAAUGCAGGCCCCUUCUCACUUGCCAUUGCUCCACGCUGCAGCAUCAUCAGGAUUCUCUGCCGGCGCCGGCGCCGGCGUCGCCGCCGCCACCCGCCGGCAGCCGCCGUUCCCGGCGGAUCACCCCUUCUACUUCCCGCCAACCGCCUGACAGACCAUCGCGGUUCACGUGUUUGCACGGCGUUCGACUUCGGAUCGAUCGCCUUGCCGGUGAAACACCAUUAACUGUUCUUGCAAAUUUAUAUACAGUAUUAAGGCAGUGAGGUAGUACUAGCCAGGUGCAUUGACACCCACAGCUCAUUGAUCUCUCUGUCUUCUCCGUGUUAAUACUGCUGCUACUGUACGUAUCGUGCCAUGAAUAUAAUUAAUGAAUUCAUCAUGGGCAUGGAGCUUGACAAGUUGUGCUCAUUCA